ACAAACCAACAAUUUAUCAAAAUCUGUCCCCUAAACAUCACUAUGAUGAUAAAAUCAAGGGCGGGAAGUAAUCUUAAUUUGGUGAGCCGAUAAAGCAGCUUCUUAGAAAUAGAACCGAUGAGGACUCUACUUACCUAGCUCUACGAUGUAGAAAGAAAAGUAACACGGUAGUUAAACUGCUGCGUGGAAAACAGGUUGUUUGUUUCAUGUUAUUUUUACUUUACUGUUAAUGCAUAGGUUUGUUUAAGUGUUUUUUUUUUUUAAGAAAGAAUUUUUUUUAAUAAAAUAAACAUAGAGUAACUUUUAUCCAUUCAGCAACUGGCCUUCAAUAUUUCUGUUUUUCUGAUGGGUUUAUCUAAAAUAUUUUUACUUAAAAUAAUCAGUUUUUUUGUUUUUUCAAAGAAGCAAAAUCCUGUCUAUUUCUUAAAAAGAUUUUUUUUUAAAUACUUAUUUUAAAGUUAUUUUCUUUUAAAUUUAAACAAACUUUAAAAGAUAUUUAACUUCAAAGUUGACGAAAACAGAAGCCAUUUGAGGUAGUUGUAAUAUGAGAAUCAAUACCUGCUUCCUUCUUUUCAUCACUACCCCAACAUAUUCAUAUCUAAAAUAGUGAAUUCCCUUUUACUUGAAAAAACCAUUUAUCCCAUAAAGUUGAGUUCUUUGAUCAGAUGAUCGAAGCCUUUAUAUCCAUGGCCCAUACGGGGUACCCUCAUAUUUCACACACCUACCAAGUACCAAGAGUAUCCUUAGAAUAACCUACAAAUCCUGAAUUUUUGGAGUUUCUGUUUUUAUCUGGCUCCGCAUGCAUGCCACCAUGUCAAUGUUCCAUUUGAUAUGUGGCAUCUGGGGGCUCUUGUCUGUGAGCUUUUGUACUGUUGUGGAUUGUGCUUCAUGCUGUCAUCCAUAUCAGUUUUUUCAGCAAAGCAAUAGAAGGUUUGAGCAGAAAACUGAUACGUUUUGGAAGUUCAGUGAAGAAGCUGAUAGAUGGGUUGAAGUGCAACUGCCUUGUGAUCUGAUGAUAUCUGGUAGUGAUGGCGAGUGUGGUAAAGUGAAGAACAGAAAGAAAGAAAGUUUGGAUCAAGAACAUGGAUUUGAUGACAAAAAGACGAGGCUGGACAGAAAGGAAGCUAAAAUAGUAGCGGGGCCCUUGGAUGUGGUUCUGAUGCCUCUGAGAAAGAGAAUUUCAUUGAACAAAAUGUCUGAGACAUCUGUGUGGGUCACUGGUGAAAGUGGCUCUAUCUAUGAGAGGUUUUGGAAUGGAUUAGAAUGGGUGUUUGCCCCUCAUGACUUGCCAAUAUCAGCAGGACAUGCAGUUGCUGUUUUUAUCAUCAAUCAGAUGAUUCUUGCUCUAUCCGAAUCAGGAAAUCUGUAUGAGUAGAUGCAUCUGCAACUUGGUGAAACUUCACAGCCAGUUUGGGUUGAAUUCUCAUAUACACUCAAUCAAAUCACAGAUAAUGAUCAGGAGAAAAAUUCUUUGAUAUUGAUGAAGUCUGGUGUGGUGUCAGAUGAUGGGACAAGAGGUUAUUUCUGUACAAAGAAUGGAACACUGGUAGAACUUGAUGCGGUUGAGUCUCCAAGAUGGACAAAUCAUGGCCAACCAGCUGGAGCAAAUGUUGCAGCUAUAGCUGUUGUUGCUUCUAAACGAGAAGUAGUAUACACGAUAAGUUCUGCCGGAGAUCUUUAUGAAUAUGAUAGAAAAUCAAAACCAUCGUGGAAGAAGCACAUAUGGCAAGAAAAAACGGCAAAAGUUUCACCUUUGUUACCAUCUAAAGGGUGCAUUUUACAUGGAUUAAGUGGUGAUCAUUCUGAAUCUCUGUUUCUUUUGACCAAGGAAGGUACUUUGGUGGAGAGAAGAUUACAUCAAAGGAAGUGGAAAUGGGUAGUCCAUGGAAGUCCUGAACAUCAAACUUUGACAUCGAUUACACUAGCGCUGCAAGAUGAAUCAAGCGAAACAUUCAUUUCUUUAUUCUUUCCUACUUCAACUGGAUCUGUUUUUGAGUAUCAAAUGCCAAAACAGUUAGGAACUGUUCCAAACAAUCAGUUUCCAGGAGCAUGGGGAAGUCAUGAGCAUCCCUUACAUGCAAAAGCAGCAAGAGGUAUAGCUGGCUUACCAUUACAAGUUGGGAGGAUACUGUUUGCACUAGAUGAUGGUAGACUUGCAGAAUUGCAUCUAGCAGGACUAGGUGGUGAAACUUCAGGACCAUCUGUACCACAAAACUUUCGAAGGAAAGCAUCAACUAAAUAUGUUUGGACUAUAUUAGAUGUGCCAGAGAGUGAAGGAUGGAAUGCAGAAUAUUGCACAGAAGAACGUGGCCCCCGGAAUUGCAUGGCAGGAACAAAAGAUGAGUCAAAUGAUUCAGGAAUAAGUUCAGUAACAGGUAGGAGAAAGCAAAGCCAAGCACAGAAUUAUUACUUGCUUCUAGGCACAAGUGGUGAACCGAAUAAAUCUUCAGAAGAAUACAAUCUGCCAGAUGACUGGAUUAGAAGUAACUUCCGGUUAAGAUUGUUGUAUGAAGGCAAGUCAUUCUUCUUAAUAACAAACGAUGGUUUGGUUUUCGAAUACGUUUGUAUCGAGAAUGUAUGGGUAUGGUUGAGGCAUGAUAGCUCCUCAACUAUGAAUGGUAUAGUGGGGAGCUACAAUGGAAGUUUAUUCAUGGCUGAUACAUUUGGGAGUUUGUUCCUUAGAGAAUGGAGUGAUAAUGAGAUAGCAUGGAGGAAUUGCACUGCUAUGAGGAAAGGAAGAAGUAUUGUUGGAGGACAACCAUGGGAUAGAUUACCAGGUAAAGCAAGGAGGGCUACAACUGAAGAUUCAAUCUUCUUUGUGAGCAAAAAUGGAAGAUUACUGCAGUUCAUGGUUUACAUGAGGGAAUUUAAAUGGAAAGACUGCAAAAAUCCUCAAAAUGUUAAAGUUGCAAGUAUAGUUGACCAAGAAUUGUUCAGGGAAAAUAUAGUCUUUGUCACUGGAAGAAAUGGUCGCCUAUAUCAGUACAACAAAGUGACUGAUCUGUGGCAUGAGCAUUACCAAUCUCAACAUUUGAUUCUAUCAGAGUUUCCUGGAACAGUUAUAAGCCCAUCAACAAAAUCACUAUCAGGCUCUCUUUUCAUGCUUUCAAGAGAAGGUGGUCUUGUUGAGUACCAGUGGAAUACAUGGUACGGAUGGAACUGGGUAGAACAUGGAACACCUUAUAAAGGUGUAAUACUGGUUGGUUCACCUGGUCCUAGCUUUGAAGGAAAUCAACUACUUUUGAUUGGUUCAGAUGGAAAUGUACACCUGAGAUACAUGGACAAAAAUGCAUGGAAGUGGAAGGAUUGUGGUUUCCCCUCUAUGGGAAAUAAAAUUGGUGAAGCACAUAUUGGAGGUGGAGUCCAUGAGGAGAAACCAGUUCGGAUCGAUGAAAAUUGUGCAUCUGGCUUGAACAAGGACCAAGAUAACCUUGCUGACCUUAACUUAAAUUGUGAACCAAAGGUGGCAUCCACCAGACCAAUUCCAUUUUCUGAAGGUUCUGUCAUAUUUGAGCUCAGAGAUGGCAGGUUGGCAGAAUUACAACUUGUAGAGGAGACAGAAUGGACUUGGUCACGGAUCAUUGGCACUCCAAACAGUUUAUGCUUGGAAAAUUAUUGGAUUGCAUUAGCAUCGUCAUAAUACUGUCUGCAAUCUCUUACAUGCCAGAAGCACUUGAUGUACAAACACACAUUCUAGUUAACAACUUACCUCUUCCAGAGGCUGAAAUAGGUAGUAGUGUUCAGCUAAAAAGCCCGGGGAGAUGAGCCGUCUGUAACAAACAUGUAAAAAAAUACAAGCA